GACUCUACCUCUGUCAGUGGGAGGAGUUAUUUAAAAUGAGUAUCUUAUAAAGACAUCAGGAACUGAUACUGAGUAGUGACGCCAAGAGGAAGACAGAUUUUAAUAAGUGAAACCAAGAAACCACUAACAUGGCGGCAAAACCCAAACUUCACUACUUCAAUGCACGGGGCAGAAUGGAGUGUAUCCGGUGGCUUUUGGCAGGAGCUGGAGUAGAGUUUGAAGAGCAAUUUAUAGAAUCUCCAGAAGAUUUGGAGAAAUUAAAAAAUGAUGGGAGUUUGAUGUUCCAGCAAGUGCCAAUGGUUGAGAUUGAUGGGAUGAAGAUGGUGCAGACCAGAGCCAUUCUCAACUAUAUCGCCACCAAAUACAACCUCUAUGGCAAAGACAUGAAGGAGAGAGCCCUGAUUGAUAUGUAUGUAGAAGGGAUGGUAGAUUUGUAUGAAAUGAUCCUUCUUCUACCAAUGACUCCACCUGACCAAAAAGAUGCCAAGGUUGCUUUGAUCAAAGAGAGAACAACAAACCGUUAUUUUCCUGCCUUUGAAAAGGUGUUAAAGAGCCAUGGACAAGACUACCUGGUAGGCAACAAGCUGAGCAAGGCUGACAUUCAUUUGGUUGAACUUCUCUAUGCAGUAGAAGAGCUUGAUCCCAGCCUCAUCACCAACUUCCCUCUGCUGAAGGCUCUGAAAACCAGAAUCAGCAACCUCCCCACUGUGAAGAAGUUUCUGCAGCCUGGCAGCCAGAGGAAGCCUCCCAUGGAUGAAAAAAGUUUAGAGAAAGCAAAGAAGAUUUUCAACAUUAAAUAAAGCAGGCCUGGAUGCCAAGCACAUUUGGCAGUAAUGUUCUGAAGUCUUCCAAGAAUGGAGCGCUUAACUAAAUGUUGAUCCUGGCCAUUGUGAAGCUAAUAACUUUUUCUAAUUAUAUAUGUGAAUGAUAAUAAUAAAACUCCUAUGAGCAGACUCAGUAAAAAAUUCACUCCUUUUCCUUAGAAUCUGAUAUUAAAUCAUGUUUCCAGUCUCAUUUUAUCCUCUUUCCUGGAAUUAAAAAUUAAAUUUACAAAGAAAAAA